AUGAGCGACGAACUCGUCACCCUCAUGUCCUCGGAGGCCGAGAAGUUCGAGGUGGCCCAGGACGUUGCCUUCAAGUCUGAGACUAUCAAGAACAUGAUUGAGGACACCGGACUCGAGGCGCCUAUCCCUCUCCCCAACGUUUCCUCCAAGAUCUUGCAGAAGGUGAUCGACUACUGCAAGCACCACUCGGAGAAGAAAGAGGGUGAAGCGGAGGAGGAUAAGAACUUCGACGCGGAGUUCGUCAAGGUCGACCAGGCCACCCUCUUCGAGCUCAUCUUGGCUGCCAACUACCUGAACAUCAAGUCCCUCCUGGACCUGACGUGCAUGACCGUGGCGAACAUGAUCAAGGGCAAGACUCCGGAGGAGAUUCGCAAGACGUUCAACAUCAGGAACGACUUCACCCCGGAGGAGGAGGAGGAGGUGCGGAGGGAGAACCAGUGGGCGUUUGAGUAGGCACCGUCCGAGGGCAACCUGACGACCUUCCGAACGAGACGGAAGGGGCGGCGCAGGGUGCGGCGCGACGACGAAAAGGGCGGGUGGAUCGACUGAAGAACGCACGCACGCACGACGACGACGGGUUGGCGAGGUGUAUCAUACGUAGGCGUUUAGUAGCGCGAGGGGCGGGUUGGCUGCGAGGACAACACACGCGUUUUUGAAUAUAAAGCGGCGAGCCCUCCUCACA